CUGGGAAUGAGACCUGGAGUUGGGUGUAUUCAUCUUAAAUAUCAGUUGAGCAGCAGAGGGACCUGUAUGCUGUGAUGCUGCUGAUAAGCAUGCUCCCGUUGUCACUGCUGAAGACGGCUCAGAAUCACCCCAUGUUGGUGGAGCUGAAAAACGGGGAGACGUACAACGGGCACCUGGUGAGCUGUGACAACUGGAUGAACAUCAACCUGCGCGAGGUGAUCUGCACGUCCCGGGAUGGGGACAAGUUCUGGCGGAUGCCCGAGUGCUACAUCCGCGGCAGCACCAUCAAGUACCUGCGCAUCCCCGAUGAGAUCAUUGACAUGGUCAAAGAAGAGGUGGUGGCCAAGGGUCGUGGCCGUGGGGGCCUGCAGCAGCAGAAGCAGCAGAAAGGCCGUGGCAUGGGGGGUGCUGGACGAGGUGUGUUUGGCGGCCGUGGCAGAGGCGGGAUCCCAGGCACUGGCAGAGGUCAGCCAGAAAAGAAGCCCGGCAGGCAGGCGGGUAAACAGUGAGCUGGCCCUGCGUUACCCAGAGACUUAAGCCUCCCCCACAGGCCGCAUGCCUGCCCCCGUCCAGGAGUCUGUUCAGAACAGAAAAAAAGAGGCAGGUGUCGGGGGGACCCCACCUGUGCAUUUUGUGGUCCUCUUUGUGUUCUUUUU